AUGCCAGGGUUCAACGUCUGGCUACGAUUUGGCGGAAAGCAGCGAAGUUGGAUCAACUCGAUAGGUCGCUUGGUGGAGCUUCGAAAAAAAGAGCGAAAGGUCGUCAUUGAGAAGGCAAAGAUCACGCUGUGCGAAUUGAGCGGGUCAUUCUGGUUCGGAUCCAAGGCGGUCACCCACCGCGCUGGUGGUCUUGAUUUGAAAACGCAAGAAGCCGCACUUCGUUCUGGGCCGGAUGUGGUCGUCGCUACUCCAGGACGACUCAUUGAUCAUUUGCACAAUUCACCAUCCUUUUCUCUGAAUAAUAUUGAGGUUCUUGUUUUGGAUGAGGCCGAUCGCAUGCUUGAAGAAGCGUUCAAAGACCAAAUGAAUGAGCUUAUUCGACUUUGUGCACCUAAUCGCCAGACUUUGCUGUUUUCAGCAACAAUGACCGACCAAGUGAGUUUCGGAAUCUAA